CGGUGCACUGUCAGUUCGUCACGCGCCCCGGCCAAUAAGAAUCCGGCAUUCAGUGAACUCUGGACAGCAAAUCCAAGGCCUAGAUCGCUCGCAAGGACUCAAUUAAGCCUGGUAGAAGUUGAGUUGGUACUCAGCGACGAUGCCUUCGUCUUGCUUGGAGUGUAGCGGCAUGCUCGCGGUCUUCGGCAGGCGCCGCCCGAGAGCACCGGCGCCGGAGCAGCAGCAGAAGCAGCCGACGACGACGCGGCUCCACCGCGCGUUCGGCCGGAUGAAGGCCGGCCACCGCCGACGCCGCCGCGCCCACCGCGCCAGCAGCUUCAGCUCCGUCCGUGCCGUCUUCUGGCCGCUCAUGUCCAUGGGCUCCGACGCCGACCGCGCCUCCGACAUCGCCGGCGCCACGGCCGACCACCCGCCCCAGAGCUCUCCCUCAUCCGCCGUGCGCGCGCCGUCGCCGUCCCUCGCCGACACUCCCGCCUCAACCACCGCCGCCCGCGUGCUCGCCAUCCAGGCCCGGCUCGCCGACGCGGACGCCGAUGCCUCGACGGCGGCGCGGCUGAUCGCGCUCCAGGCCAGGCUCGGCGGCUUGGCCUUGGCGUCGCCGUCGCCGGUGACGAAGCCCCCGUCGACCCUCUUGGAGCCGUUCGAUCGUACUCGUCUCAUCAUCAGCGGCGGCGGCGAUGACGGCGGCGUGGAGGAGGCGUGCAGAGGGUUCGAGAGGCAGCUGAUGGAGAUGCUGGUGGAGGAAGGGAAGGUGGGGGACCUGACGGACGUCGAGGAGCUGCUCGGCUGCUGGGAGAAGCUCAGCUCACCGGAUUUCGUCACGGUCGUCGGCCGCUUCUAUGGCGACCUCUGCGUGGACCUCUUCUCCGGCCUCGGUGUCGACGUGUCGCCGUCUGAUGGUUCGGCCGUUUGACUUGACUACGGGGUGAUUGAUUCCUGUAGAGAUUUCGGUUUAUUUUUUCUUACUUUGGUGACAGGUGGACCCAGACAUGAUAUUUUUACCAUUUGAUACGUUUCACCCUUUCUAAUUUUAUACAUGCCAAUGUUAUUACAGCAUACGGAUUAGACUUUUUUCGAUUAA